AUGCCAGCUUAUCAAUCAUCACCUUUAGCAGAGGGAAAACGGAUGAGCCGCUGUGCUGGUGGCAUUGCUGCGAUCAGCGUGGCCUUGUCACGGCGCAAGCGCACCUCCUGUGCCGCCAGUGUGGUGUCCGCAAAUAUUCCUUUAGAGGGCCCGCCCCAGCAGCCAAGCACAGCAAAAGAGGCAGCCACCCUGGGCAAAGAAUGGGAGAUGCAUGAAAGGCUGAUGGACAAAGGAUUCGCCAGGCUUUCAGAGAUGGAAGAAAGCGGCCUGCUUGAUCAGUGCAUUGCGAUCUCUGAGCGCGCGCUGCGGAAAGUGUUGGAGAGUGCGGAUAUCAAGUUUCGCCAGUUGGAUAUGGACAAGCCCAAGGUGGCGAGCAUCCUCUCCACACCGGGUAUCCUUGAGAUCUUCGGGGGCGCAGGUUGGGUUGAGGAGGACUACUGGCUGGUCCUGCCAGAGGGGACACCGUUGCAGCUCACGCAGCGCGCCGUGCAGGGCUUGCAGCGAGAGCAGCGGCGGAGGGCGACCGUGCAGAGCACAGCUGAGAAUCCCAACGAGCGCCGAUUCAACCCAUGGGAUGGCAAGGUCUACACCUACCAGGAAUUGGAGAAGUGUCUCGAGAGGGCCGACUUGACCACGGCCGAGAUUCAGGAGCACUGGGCACAUCGUUGCCGGCCUGUGGCAGAGCAGGCGGAGGGCGCUGCGAUUGGCGGCCCAGAGAUCACUGAGCCACAGGUGGAAGCCUGGCAGAAGGUUUGGAAACUUCAAUCCCUUCAGCGAAUGUGGACGCCCGCUGACUUGGCUCAUGUGCAUGCCAUAUCAGGCGGAGCUUACAUGGCCCUAGGCUGGUCAGGGAACUUGCUGGAGAGAUGA